GCUCGAUGUUGCGCAUGCGUCUAGUGUUCUGAGUUGAAUCGUUUCACUUCCAGUCAUAACAGGUAAAAGUGAGCAAAUUGUAAAGUAAAAAUACCUAACGAUCACCAUGGUACUGAAUCCAGUUAUUUCCAAACUUAAUGGAAAAUGUGUGGUCCUAGCUAGUGCUUCUCCACGCAGGAGGGAGAUUCUGAACAAUGUUGGUCUUAGGUUUGAAGUGGUGCCUUCCUGGUUUAAUGAGACACUUGACAAAUCUUCUUUUGAAAUGCCAUACAAUUAUGCAAUAGAGACUGCAAAGGAAAAAGCCUUGGAGGUGGCAAAGAGGAUGCACUUGAAACACUUCAGGACUCCAGAUAUCGUCAUUGGAGCAGACACUAUUGUGUCCAUUGACGGUGACAUACUCGAGAAGCCUGUAGAUAAACAACAUGCACACGCAAUGCUGUCAAGACUGAGUAAUAAAGAGCAUAGUGUCUUCACUGGGGUUGCUGUUGUCCUUUGCAGCUGCAAAAUUGAUAACCAACUGGAGACCAAAAUUACUGUUUUUCACGAAGAAACAAAAGUAAAAUUUUCAGAUCUAUCUGAGGAACUUCUCUGGGAGUACAUACACAGUGGUGAGCCAAUGGACAAGGCGGGUGGAUAUGGAAUUCAGGCGCUUGGUGGAAUGCUGGUUGAGUAUGUUCGUGGAGACUUUUUAAAUGUUGUGGGAUUCCCUUUGAAUCACUUCUGUAAAACACUGGGUGAGAUCUACAGCCCGCCUGUAAGUUAUUGCGUUGCAGAUCAUGCCGUUGCAAGUUUGGAAGGCACCCAUGAUCUUCAGCAGGGCUCUGCAAACCACAGGGGAAAUGGAAUAGCAGGAAAGAAACCGAAUUCUGACCAAACUGCAGUGUCAGAAAAAGUGGCAGAUAGCCCAAGCACCGAGAAGCCGAACAGUAUUCCCGAGGUGAAAGGCCCAGCAGUACUUCACCACGACCUAACAAAUACAUCUACCAAGACUGAGGCGAAUGUUGCCUGGCUUCGUAAAAUCGCAGACCUAGUGAAUGGUUUUAAAGCAUCAAAGAUCUUAUUCACAGCUUCAAAACUCAAAGUAUUUGAUGCAUUGAGUACACAGGAUGGCUUAGAAAUCUCAGAAAUUUCUCAGAGAUUAGAGACCACAUUGGAUGGAACCAAAUGCCUCUUAGAUGCCUGUAUUACCCUUAACUUGCUUGAAAAAGCCCCAGGCACAUCGCAGCUGUACAAGAAUACACAACUAGCCAACACAUAUCUGGUGUCAAGCAGUGAAAACUCUCUACAUGACUACAUCGUUUAUGCUAAUGACCAUAUUUGGCCACAUUUCACUCAUCUUGCUUCAGUUAUUAAAGAAGGUGCUCACAGAACAAUGGCUGAUGACUUAGUUCAGAAUUCUGAACAAACACCAACUUUUAUAUCUGCAGUUAACUGCCUUAUCAAAGUGACAGGAAAUGACAUUGUCUUGGCGUUUGAUCUUUCAUCAUUUAAAACAGCUUGUGAUUUAGGAUGCACUGGAGCUUUAUUGUAUGAAAUGGCAAACGUGUAUCAAGAUAUGACAUUUGUAGUGUUUGCUCAGCCACAAAUGUUAGAAAAGAUUAAGCGCUUCCAGCCGCAAGGCCAGAAUCGAUGUCAAAUUAAUUUCCAAGAAGGAGACAUCUUCAAAGAUGAUCUGCCAGAGGCAGAUCUUUACAUUCUCUCAAAUAUUCUCCGUUACUGGAAUGAAGACGAAUUUGAUCUCAUCUUAAGUAAACUCUCUGAGAAGUGCAAGCCAGGAUGUGGUCUUCUACUGGUUGAACUUGUGCUGUAUGACCAGAAGACCAAGUCCAGCAGAGCAGUGCUGCAGGCCCUCAGCACGUUGGUGCAGAGCAACAGAAGAGAAAGGAGUGAGUCACAGUGCAGGAAGCUCCUGCAUAACCAUGGCUUUAUAAAUAUACAAAUGAAGCACACUGAACCAUUUCUGGAUGCCAUUUUGUGUAUUAAGCAGUAAUUGUCUCCCUGCAAUUUUCCAAUAGACAUUGAUCCUUUUUCAAGUGAGGGGAAAAAUAAAUUGGUUGAUAUGCAUAUAUAGACGUACAUUUCCACUAAUGAAGAUGGACAGUGAUGUUGGUUAUUAACAUUGUAGUUUCUGUAAUGUUU